AUGGAGUGCCCUGAGGGAGAGGUCCCCAGUUCCUCAGAAAAUGAUUCAACAAUAGCUCCAACAUUGGAAGUAAUGAACUACCAAGAGUCCCAGAUUUCUGUGGACCAUGGUGCUGAAAUUGUUUGCGAGUGCAGCGCGGAAACUGACGGCAACAAAAGCACAGAAAUUCUUGCCGAUCAAGGUGCUAAAACCGAUGCCGAUAGUAGCACCACACCAGCUGACAAAACUACUCUGGAAAACCCACAGGAAGUCAAAAAGAUGAGUAAAAAUCAGGAUGAACCUCCUCAUGAACUUGAGAACCAGUUUAUAUUGCGUCUGCCUCAGGAGCAUGCUUCUACUGUCAGGAGCCUAAUACAUUCUGGAAGUGUCAAAAUGAAGGAUAAACUUAAAAUUGACUUAUCUCCUGAUAGACGUCACGCAGUUGUUGAGGUAGAAGAUGUCUCACUGUCUGCUAAGCUGGUUGAUUUGCCUUGUGUCAUUGGAAGCCUGAAAACUCUUGAUAAAAAAACCUUUUAUAAAACUGCAGAUAUUUCCCAGAUGCUUGUGUGCAGUGCUGAUGCUGAUCUUCACUCUUCUCUGGAAGAACCAAUUACCUCUACUGAUGUCAGUAUAACAGGGAAUAAUGAAAGGGAAACAGAAAAAAAAUAUAUCUGGAAGCAUGGCAUUACUCCACCACUUAAGAAUGUCAGAAAGAAAAGAUUCCGGAAAACAAAAAAAAAGACUGCUGAUUUCAAGCAAAUUGAAGAAAUCACCUUUACUGAGUACAUUGACUCUCCAGAUGUGGAGAAAGAAGUGAAGAGACUGCUGUGUUCAGAUGCUGAAGCUGUUAGUGCCCGAUGGGAAGUCAUUGCUGAUGAUGAAACCAAGGAAAUAGAAAGUCAAGGCUGCAUUCCAGGCUUUCCAAUAUCCCCAGGAAUGAGUGGCUACAAGCAGGGCCAUAUCUCAGAAUAUGAUAUGCUUCCGGAGAUGUUCAGUGAUUCCAGCAGUAAUAAUCAUGAUGACGAGGAUGAGGAUGAGGAUGAGGAAGAUGAGGAGGAGGAAGAGGAGGAAGAUGAUGAUGAAGAUGAUGAAGAUGAAGAUGAGGAGGAGGAAGAGGAAGAGGUCGAGGAAGAUGAUUCUGAAGAGGCUCUAGAAAGGGAGCUACAGGCCAAAAUUUUUGAAUGUAGCCAGUAUGAGACAAAGGAAAGUGUCAAUUCAAUAGUUGUGGAGAUUCAGAAGCACAUUCAUUACAAGGAGAAAAAGCUCCAGCUGAUUCAGAGCAAAGCACAAAGACAAAAGGAUCUCAUCAGAAAAGUGGAAAACCUGACUCUCAAGAGUCAUCUACACUCUGUGCUGGAGAGGCUUAAAAUACAGGAAAAACAAAAAAAUGAUCAGGUGAGAAAUCAUUUCCCUACAGGAGCAAUUGAAAUAUUUUCUGAAGAAGUGAGAAGAGUCUUCAACCUGGCUAUAAACAUUGGUUUUUCCAUCAAGACCAGUUACUGUGUGAAACUGUACAUGUUUCUCUCCCUUUGA